AUGAAUCUGACUCUCUCCUCUCUCUCCUCCCUCCCAGAUGUCCCUCCGGCGGAGCAGGAGAAGCUGUUUGUCCAGAAGCUGCGUCAGUGCUGCGUCCUGUUUGACUUUUUGUCCGACCCUCUGAGCGACCUGAAAUGGAAGGAGGUGAAGCGGGCGGCGCUCAGCGAGAUGGUGGAGUACAUCACCCACAACAGGAACGUCAUCACAGAGCCCAUCUACCCAGAGGUGGUGCACGUGGUCAGUAGACACAGUGAAGAAUGCCUUGGUCGUAUUCAUUAGUGCACACUGUACCAAAAUGUUUUUAAACAGAAAAGGGAAAGAAAAGUGUUUGUAGUAGUCCCUAGUAGACGUUGAUGUAUUGUCCUUAGGGGUGUGAAUGUUUUAAAAGUUUAAACGUUUAAACUAAGUUUGGAUCCUUAACGUUUCAAAAAAAUCCCUAACUUAAUUACAAUCACAGUUAAGUUAUAACAACACAUAUUAUUUUCAGUUUUAUAGACUGCUAUAAAGCCUGGGGAAGUUGUGUAAUUCAAAUAAAGCCAGAGUGGAAGAGGCUAACCUUAGCCUACUUGGUGAAUUUGCAAGGCAUACAAGACAAGACAUAUGACCACGCUUCUGCCUUCUCCUGCCUCUGUCUCGCGCGCUGGCCUGCCUGCUGUCUCUUUGCUAGUUUAUGUUCAGACUUCGGUCUGUUGCGAGUAGAAUAUCCUAGCCUAUUCUGGCAUCGACGGCUUUGGGCCAGUCUUGCGAGCACGGGGUAGCCUACUCUAGGGUUGGGCGGUAUCCAGAUUUUCAUACCUUGUUAUACGAUUUCUUUACCAUACCGGGGAAUAUGGUAUUACCGGGGUGCAAACAAGGGGCGCUAUUUCUUUCCAGACCAACAAAAAACAAAUUUAUAUUUUUUGUUGUUGCACAAAACAAAUGUAAGCAGCAGGGAUUUUGAUCCAGGAGGGGAUUGAUUGUCUCCGCUGUAAACAAGAAGCUUGAUCUUGCAAGCUAGCCACUUAGCUAGCAAGUUAUCAAACAAAAUGCAUAGUUGGAGCCCCGAGCUGGAGAUAUUUUAGUUGGCAUAUCUUAGAUUGUUAGCUUAUAGUUUCAAGCAGUGCUGUAGCACGCAAACCCUCCCCAAAUGGGUAUUUUAUGAUUAUAAUAUUUUUAUAAAUGUUACGGUAUUGAAAAUCAUACUGUCAGUAUUUCAAAAUGCCCCGGUAAACGUUAUAACCGGUAUACCGCCCAACCCUAGCCUACUCUUUUGUUUUAGCCUCAUAUGAAAAUACAGUAGGCUAUCGGUAGCCAGUAUCGAUUACGCUUUUCAGACAAUGGAAAGUGGCCCGUUGAAAGAGCUGCGGCGUGUUUGUCUGUUAGGGUAGACUACACUACUGUUUUUUAAAUGCCGACACGGAACCUUCUCUGUUGAGAUGAACUAACAUUUUACUUGUCUUUUAAAGGAAUAGCGCUUCUGUAGCAGGACUAAAGUCCAUCACUAGGCAACCAGAACUGUCAAUCAAAUAAUUUCGAGCUGCUGCUUGCAGAUCACUCUCUCCUAAAAAAGUACUUUAAAGUUAAAUACCGUGACUUACCAAGCCAUUUAGUAGAAAUAAAACAUCUAACUACCAUACCAUUAAACUGCAUAAAAACAACAACACAGCAGCGUUUAUUGUUGUCAGGGAAAAAAUACAGAACUUUUUACGCCGGAGCAGAAUUCUACUGUCUGAAAAGGUACAGACAUGUUGCUGAACUUUUUUUUUUGGCUGAAAAGUUAUCAAUUGUCGCUAUUGACAUGUAACUGUAGCUGCGUUCUAUGUCUGUAAAGUGUUGUGGUAGAUAUAACUUCAUUGCCUGGCUCUAGCGGUCAUACGUAAUAGAAGCAUUAUUCUGCAUUGUAAAUUGAUGUGGAGUUUUCUGAUAGUUUCUUAUCGUUUUAACAGAAAACCGAUAAACAAAUGGCUGUUUUAAACACUAAGCAACAUUUUCCAUUCGUCACAUCCCUAAUUGUCCUCAUAAACUUGCUAUCAAUGGUCACCAAAGAUGAUCCUCGGUGAUGUUUGUGUUGCAAACACGUUUAGUAUCAGUGUUCGUAGGCCCCACACAAACAACCAUUUUGUGCAGGGUUCUCUGGCUUGAGUGACUUCAUAACCCUGCUAUCCUCAAGUGGUCACGAAAGCUAUAAGCCAUUUCAAUCAAUUAAGCUGUCACAGAGAAGCUUUCAAAUGGCAUAUUCCACAUACCACAAAGUUUCCACAUUUCUCAGUCUCACGUUUUUUGUCGGUUGCCUUUUGCAGAAAUACUUCAGGUUAUUUCAGUUCUAUUUAGGCUAGAUGUUGUCUUUUAGUUCCUGAGGCAUAGGCACGUCCCAUUCCCUACCAUGUGAACUCUGUGAACCCAGGGCAUGGCAGAGUGGAACUGCUUUACACACACUGAACUUGAAUCUGUUACCCAGAGUCAGGGGCGGGGCCUACUUUGUUAUUCUAUAGUAUGGCUAGCAGUAGGCCUAUUGUCUACCUAGCUAGCUGUUAUCAGCCAAGGGCUAGCACUGUGGGCUCAAUAUCUGUGUUACAUAUUACUCAAAUCAAAUUGGUGUGAAAGUCUGAACUCAUCCUUUGUGGGUUCGUCGUCAUGGGCUCACCUACCUCUAUAACAGAUAUACGUGUUGCCCCUUCAGUUCAGCCCUGGUUUAGCAGACCAGGCAGACUACUAGCUGUAGUGGAGUGAAUUAAAUACUGGGUCUGUGUAUUAGCCUAAAUGUAAAUGGGUCCAUUGAGGAUAUGGCUGGGGAUAUGAUGUGUCGUGGUGCUGCCUGCCUGCCUGGCAGCCAGCCAGGUCUGAAUUUAAAUGGCCUUUGAUGUUUAUCAAAGCAGGCUUCAAUGUCACGCAGGAAACCAAGGAUGAUCAAGGUGCAAAUGUCCCCCCAUUCUCCUGAUCCUGCCUCUAUUUGAUCAGUGUAGCAGAAAAUGCAAGGCCGCUGCCAAAUCAGCAUAAGAAUAUACUCUAGGUUUACUUUAGUUCUCCCCUUCCUGAAUCCUUCACUUUGAUGUGUUCACUGCUUUUAACAUCAAAGUAUGGAGAGGUGGACUCUAAAGGGUGUGUUCUUUAUGGUUAAAUAGACCACGAACGACGGCUCUUUGAGAGAGCUCAAUAUUGAUAAGUGCACUAUUGUUAGACUGUAUCAGCGUCAGAUUGAUAAAGCGCUCCCCUGUUUGUGACUUGGUGGUCCAUUAGACAGCCACACUGCCCCCCCCCCCCCCCCCAAAAAAAGGACAUUGAGAAGUCAGUCACAAGUGAGUGCAUGUUAACCUCAACCUGCUGGGGGGGGGGGGGGGGGGGGGGGGGGGGGAGGUCAUUCUAGUGUUUUCUGAAAGGUGAGAGGUCAUUGAUUGGAUUUAUAUAGUGCUUUUCUACCAACUGAGGUACUCAAAGCGCUUAUCAUAGUAAGGGGGAAACCUACCUCAUCCACGGCGACCAUUUUUGUGCCAGAACGCUCACCACACAUCAGCUAGAGAGGGGAUGAUUAAUAUAUGCCAAUUAGCAAUGAGGGGGAUGAUAAGGUGGCCAUGACGAAAUGGGGCCAGGUUGGGAAUUUUGCCUUAACACCAGGGUUAACACACCUACUCUUACGAUAAGUGGCAUGGGAUUUUUAAUGACCACAGACAGUCAGGACAUCCGUUUUAAUGUCCCAUCCGAUAGACGGCAUCCUAUGCUGGGCAAUGUCCCAUUCACUGCCCUGAGGCAUUGGGAUCUCCUUAGGCCAGAGGGAAGAGUGCCCCCUACUGGCCCGCCAACACCACUUCCAGCAGCAUCUGGUCUCCCAUCCAGGGACCAACCAGGACUGAGCCUGCAUAGCUUCAGAUGCUAGCCAGCAGUGGGAUGCAAGGUGGUAUGUUGGCUUGGAGAGGUGAACAAAAAGAGUAGCCUAAGCGUCGGCUGGUAAAAAAAUAAAGAUGUCUGCUGCUCAUUGGUUGAGGGAGGGGGGGGUGGGGGCUGUAAAUGCCAUCUUAAAGGUCCUGACAUCAUUCUCCUCCUGUGCUCUCUAGUCUGCUACUGGUUUGUGCUUGGCUGCGUUGAUUGAAAAGGUUUUUAAAUGUGAAAAUGAUGAAUACGUAAAUGAUCAAGAAGAUACAGGCUGAUGGGUGAAGAGGUCAGAUGAAAAUCUGUACUGUUCUCUUAUAUUUAGUUUUAUUCACAAUACACAUGCAACAAAGGGUGUUUCUCAAUAUGCAUACUGCCGUGCUCUGCACUCCCAUCCUCAGUGCGUUCUUCGAGGACAUUUUCUUGAGUACGUUCUUAUUAGGACGAGAGUGUGGAGAAAGCAUACAUUUUACAUUUUGAGAAGCAUUACACACUCUCGUGCUAAUGCAUUACCAUUGACCUUUUUAGAGUAAAUUGCGUCAUCAACAUGUCGGUUGAUAAUCUAUGCUGGACUUUCCUGGAUCACGACUAUCCUCUGUAAAUGUUAUGUGUCAAACAUUUGUAGAUUUAAACAUCUGAUUUUGUUUCAUAUUGCAUUAUUGUCAGUAAAGCAAAUUGAGACUGUUAAUCAGUUUGUAUUAUUUAGCUACAUAGACUAGUGUUGCACGGUAUACCGGUACCAGGGUAAUAUCAUGGUACCAAAACCUCAUGGUACUUAGAAUACCGUAGUACCGUUUCAUAUGAUGCUACCACAUUUUUAGUCCCUACCGGUCUAAAGAACCCGCUGGUGCCUGUUUUAUAUCAUGUUAAUAGUCUGUUUUGUUUAGAAAUUCAGUUGAAUUUAAGCAACAGCAACUAGUCUCUUGUAUGCGCCGAUCCAAUAAUGUCUGCUUCACUUUCAUGCGCCUGUCACGUGGCAGCUGUAAUCAGCCGGCAGCUGCAUCCCCUUCCAGCCAUCACUCACCUGCAUCUCUGUCCGGUCUUCCUGCGCAUUUAUUCCGCCAUCAAUUUUUUUAUAUAGCCAUGAUGGUGAACGGGGAUGCAGUCCCUGAUGAGUCUUCUGUUACAUUUGAUACAUUGGAGCAGCGUGCAGAGCAAGCAAAGUUGAUACAUUGUAUAAUUUCAUCCUUGGUAUAACCAAGAGCACAGGCCAGUCUGAGUAGACUUUGCAAGUUCGCUGUCUCACAGCCUCAGACUGCCAGAGAGGACAAAUACGGCACAGCUUCCCGAAAGGCAUGCUUGCAGCUUACAGCAAAGAAAAUGGCUUGUCUCUAGCACAAAUGGUAAAAAAUAUAUGACCCAUAUUAACUUGGCUACCUUUUUAAAAUAUAAUUUCACAAACCAUGUUGAAGUCCUUUUGAAACGAAUCCCGGGUCUCUAAUUAUUGGUUUGAUAACAAACAACGUUGUUCAGUCAUGUUACCUAGCUAACAACCUGCUACCUUGACAGUAGGUCUAGGCAAAUUUGAUUGGCACAGGAAGAAAUGAAAAGGUUCUGCUUCGCUACUCAUGAGAUGUUUUCAAAAGUAGGAUUUAUAUAUUUUUGCCUAAUGGAAGCCUAAACUAUCUCUUUCUGGUGCUCCUUAAAUUAUGUUUGGUGCCUAACGUUUUUAAAGUUGGCAGCACUGUGUGUGUGUGUGUGUGUGUUUUGAGAGCGAGUGAGACUGAGGGAGGGAGAGCGUGUGGGUCUGUUUACUGAAGAGUAAAGGUUUCAUGCAGUGUUCUCCCUGUACUGCCACAAUGACAUGCAGAUCAUUAUGCAUGUAUAUUCCUCCAGACAAAUCACAGGUAGUCCUUUGCAAAUAUGAGUUAUCAGCCAUUCUAUGCAGUAUUCUAUUAUACAGUGUGAAGUUAAAUUAUAUGUUGUAUUGUGUAGAAGUGUGAAUAUCAGUGAUAUUUUUUUUGUGUACACAUGCUCAUGUCUUUUAAAAACAGGCUUCGGGGGGAUGUGGCAAACAGUACGCUAGACCACUCAGUAUCACGGUACUACUCUGUAUGGUGAUGCAUGGCCUGGUAUCGUUAAUAAAAUGUUGGUAUCGUGACAUCACUAACAUAGACAAUUGUUUAACGAAAGUAACUAGCUAGCUAACUUUAGCAAGAGACAACUCGUGUUUACUUUAUGCAUUAGCUUGCAACAUACUUUAACGUUAACAUAGAACAUUAGCAUAGUCAAUGACCCUACUUGUCUACUAGCAAAAGGUAACUUGCUAGUGCUGGAACUAUAGGUUAACCCUCGUCCAUGGUUAGCAAGCUGCCCAAGUUAGCUGGCUAGCUAAGCUAUCAAUAGUCAUGAUCCAUUGCUGCAUGGGCUACUACACAGCCUGCAAGUACUCUGUGAACCCUGGGAAAACAUGCCAAUAUAACCUGGUACUAGCUACGCUACAAAUACUUACACGAGUCAGUAGACGAGAGAUGUGCGUGCCUCAGUCGCCUCAGCACAACUAUGCCCUGUAAUGCGUUACUGCCUGUAACACUCAAUCUGCUGCGAGCCAGCCAGUCUAAUGGCAAUACAGACGACACAAGACAACUACAUAAACAAAUGUUUAACUUCAGAAUGACCAGUUAGCUAUAUGUGAAUCGUGAUAAUUUAGCUAGCCAGCUAGUUCUAAAGGCAAAAAUGACCGAAAACGAAUGUUAUGCAAGGUAGAUGACUAGCUGUCAAUUCUCCGUGGCUAGCUACCAGCUCUUCGUGGCCAGUUAGACCUAUUGACUUACUAUGGGAUUGCAUUCUAUGCAAACUACAGUGGGUAUUGUAGGCAGGUAAACAUGCCAAAAUUAACACGGUAUGUUAAAAUAUUGAUUUCAAUUUUUUUUUGUCGUUUUUACGUGGUUGCGUCAUACACUGCUCAAAAAAAUUAAGGGAACACUUAAACAACACAAUGUAACUCCAAGUCAAUCACACUUCUGUGAAAUCAAACUGUCCACUUAGGAAGCAACACUGAUUGACAGUACAUUGCACAUGCUGUUGUGCAAAUGGAAUAGACAACAGGUGGAAAUUAUAGGCAAUUAGCAAGACACCCCCAAUAAAGGACUGGUUUUGCAGGUGGUGACCACAGACCACUUCUCAGUUCCUAUGCUUCCUAGCUGAUGUUUUGGUCACGUUUGAGUGCUGGCGGUGCUUUCACUCUAGUGGUAGCAUGAGACGGAGUCUACAACCCACACAAGUGGCUCAGGUAGUGCAGCUCAUCCAGGAUGGCACAUCAAUGCGAGCUGUGGCAAGAAGGUUUGCUGUGUCUGUCAGCGUAGUGUCCAGAGCAUGGAGGCGCUACCAGGAGACAGGCCAGUACAUCAGGAGACGUGGAGGAGGCCGUAGCAGGGCAACAACCCAGCAGGAGGACUGCUACCUCCGCCUUUGUGCAAGGAGGAGCAGGAGGAGCACUGCCAGAGCCCUGCAAAAUGACCUCCAGCAGGCCACAAAUGUGCAUGUGUCUGCUCAAACGGUCAGAAACAGAUUCCAUGAGGGUGCUAUGAGGGCCCGACGUCCACAGGUGGGGGUUGUGCUUACAGCCCAACACCGUGCAGGACGUUUGGCAUUUGCCAGAGAACUCCAAGAUUGGCAAAUUCGCCACUGGCGCCCUGUGCUCUUCACGGAUGAAAGCAGGUUCACACUGAGCACGUGACAGACGUGACAGAGUCUGGAGAACGUUCUGCUGCCUGCAACAUCCUCCAGCAUGACCGGUUUGGCGGUGGGUCAGUCAUGGUAUGGGGUGGCAUUUCUUUGGGGGGCCGCACAGCCCUCCAUGUGCUCGCCAGAGGUAGCCUGACUGCCAUUAGGUACUGAGAUGAGAUCCUCAGACCCCUUGUGAGACCAUAUGCUGGUGCAGUUGGCCCUGGGUUCCUCCUAAUGCAAGACAAUGCUAGACCUCAUGUGGCUGGAGUGUGUCAGCAGUUCCUGCAAGAGGAAGGCAUUGAUGCUAUGGACUGGCCCGCCCGUUCCCCAGACCUGAAUCCAAUUGAGCACAUCUGGGACAUCAUGUCUCGCUCCAUCCACCAACGCCACGUUGCACCACAGACUGUCCAGGAGUUGGCGGAUGCUUUAGUCCAGGUCUGGGAGGAGAUCCCUCAGGAGACCAUCCGCCACCUCAUCAGGAGCAUGCCCAGGCGUUGUAGGGAGGUCAUACAGGCACGUGGAGGCCACACACACUACUGAGCCUCAUUUUGACUUGUUUUAAGGACAUUACAUCAAAGUUGGAUCAUCCUGUAGUGUGGUUUUCCACUUUCAUUUUGAGGGUGACUCCAAAUCCAGACCUCCAUGGGUUGAUAAAUUUGAUUUCCAUUGACAUCUUUUGUGUGAUUUUUGUUGUCAGCACAUUCAACUAUGUAAAGGAAAAAAGUAUUUAAUAAGAUUAUUUCAUUAAUUCAGAUCUGUUAUUUUAGUGUUCCCUUUAUUUUUUUGAGCAGUGUAUUUCUGUGCAUACUUUCCGUUGAAGCUUGCAUCGAUACAUGCUUUAAAAUGUGUACAAGCGGAGUACGCAUCCGAGAGGUGCCCUCCGCGCUCCAUUUCACAUACUUUGAUUUGGACUCGUACUCCGACUGGUGCAUGCUCCAAUUCGCGUGCUCAGAGCACGGUAGUAUGCAUUUUGAGAAACACCCAACAUGUCAGUUUCCACUUCAAUGUCAAAGUGCUGUAGUUGGCCAACCAUUGACACCUGCCUGGGAUAGUUCUUCCAAUAGCCCUGAUGGUAAUAAUAUGAUGUUCUGUGUAGUGACCUGUUUGCCUGUGUCUCUGUCCUUCAGUUUGCAGUGAACAUGUUCAGGACGUUGCCUCCAUCAUCCAACCCCACAGGGGCUGAGUUUGACCCCGAGGAGGAUGAGCCCACACUAGAGGCCGCGUGGCCACACCUCCAGGUAUAUGUUCGCGCACACACACGCAGUCACACACACACACACACACACACACACACACACACACACACACACACAACAAGGAAAUUAACACACGCACCGUUUCAUACCACUGAUGUGUACACCUCUGUUCCUCUUUCUCCAGCUCGUCUAUGAGUUCUUCCUCCGGUUUCUAGAGUCUCCAGACUUUCAACCAAAUGUGGCCAAGAAGUAUAUCGACCAGAAAUUUGUAAUGCAGGUAGCUAGGCACUGGUCCUUUCUCACUGGAAGUAAAGAAACAGGAUGUGAGAUUAUGUGUGUCUGUCGCCGAGUGUGUCUCCGCGUGUGCAUCUCCGCGUGUGCAUCUCUAUGCAUUUCUUUUUUGCGUGUGGUCUGUGUGUGUGUGAGAGAACAGGUGAUUUAAUGUCACUACAUGCGUUGUCUCUACAGCUAUUGGACCUGUUUGACAGUGAAGACCCCAGGGAAAGGGACUUUCUAAAGACAACUCUGCAUCGUAUCUACGGCAAGUUCCUGGGCCUGAGAGCGUACAUCAGGAAACAGAUAAAUAACAUAUUCUAUAAGUGAGUAAAUGGUCCUAAUACUGCACUAUGAAAUUGUAUUGUCAUACACUGAGUGUACAAAACAUUAAGAACACCUGCUCUUUCAUGACAUAGACUGACCAAAUGAAAGCUACGGUAUGAUCCCUUAUUUAUGUCACUUGUUAAAGACACUUCAAUCAGUGUAGAUGAAGGGGAGAGGACAGGUUAAAGAAGGAUUUUUAAGCCUUGAGACAAUUGAGGCAUGGAUUGUGUGCAAUUCAGAGGUUGAAUGGGCAAGACCAAAGAUUUAACUGCCUUUGAACAGGGUAUGGUAUUAGGUGCCAGGCGGAUCGGUUUGUCAAGAAUCACAACACUGCUGGGUAUUUCACACAACAGUUUCCCGUGUGUAUCAAGAAUGGUCCACCACCCAAAGGACAUCCAGCCAACUAGACACAACCGUGGGAAGCAUUGGAGUCAACAUGGGCCAGCAUCCCUGUGGCACGCUUUCGACACCUUGUAAAGUCCAUGCCCCGACAAAUUGAGGCUGUUUUGAGGGCGGGGGGGGGGGGGGGGGGUGCAGCUCAAUAUUAGGAAGGUGUUCUUAAUGUUCUGUACACUCAGUGUCUGAGUCGUGUCAUCAUUGGAGACACUUGACAUGACGAAUGCCAAUGUUUAAAUAUACCAUUUAUUUAACUGCUCUGUUUUGCUUUCGUGAUUUUAAAUGACAUAACUGUCAUUUCUUUCCAGGUUCAUUUAUGAAACAGAACAUCAUAACGGAAUAGCAGAGUUGUUGGAAAUAUUAGGAAGGUAUUUGAUGCUUUAAUAGUUUUUGUGCCUACAUUGUUUUGUUGUAUUGAUCAGAAGUAUUAUAUUGCUGAUCACAACCUUUUCUGCUUCUAUCUGUUUGCAGCAUAAUCAAUGGCUUUGCCUUACCGUUGAAAGAGGAGCACAAGAUUUUCCUGUUGAAAGUGUUGCUGCCUUUACACAAAGUCAAGUCCCUUAGUGUCUAUCACCCACAGGUAGCUAUCCAUAACUACCUUUGUUUUUGAAACAUAAUUCCUGUUAAUGACCGUACAGUUAAAAAAGCCUUAGGCCUGCUAUACAAUAAACCUUUUGAUUUAGGCCUAAAUGCGUUAUAGGUUGUAAUAAGCGUUCAUUACAGUUGUAUUAAGCGGUGUCGACAUGAUGGUUGUAGUUAAAAUUGCUAUUUUGUGUAUCUGUUUGUCUUUCUAGCUGGCGUACUGCGUGGUGCAGUUUCUAGAGAAGGACAGCACCCUCACUGAACCGGUAAGACAUCCCCAACGGACUGCGUGAGAUUAGUACUUUGCUCUAAUGCUGGCUUAGUGUUAAUGUGUGAAUCUUCUCCAUAGACAGUGAUGGCUCUGUUGAAGUACUGGCCAAAGACCCACAGCUCUGUGUGUGACUAGUUAGACCCACAGCUCUGUGUGUGACUAGUUAGACCCACAGCCCUGUGUGUGACUAGUUAGACCCACAGCUCUGUGUGUGACUAGUUAGACCCACAGCUCUGUGUGUGACUAGUUAGACCCACAGCUCUGUGUGUGACUAGUUAGACCCACAGCUCUGUGUGUGACUAGUUGACCCACAGCCCUGUGUGUGACUAGUUAGACCCACAGCUCUGUGUGUGACUAGUUAGACCCACAGCUCUGUGUGUGACUAGUUAGACCCACAGCCCUAUGUGUGACUAGUUAGACCCACAGCUCUGUGUGUGUGACUAGUUAGACCCACAGCUCUGUGUGACUAGUUAGACCCACAGCUCUGUGUGACUAGUUAGACCCACAGCCCUGUGUGUGACAAUUUAGACCCACAGCCCUGUGUGUGACUAGUUAGACCCACAGCUCUGUGUGUGACUAGUUAGACCCACAGCUCUGUGUGUGACUAGUUAGACCCACAGCCCUGUGUGUGACUAGUUAGACCCACAGCUCUGUGUGACUAGUUAGACCCACAGCCCUGUGUGUGACUAGUUAGACCCACAGCCCUGUGUGUGACUAGUUAGACCCACAGCCCUGUGUGUGACUAGUUAGACCCACAGCCAUGUGUGUGACUAGUUAGACCCACAGCUCUGUGUGUGACUAGUUUAGACCCACAGCCCUGUGUGUGACUAGUUAGACCCACAGCUCUGUGUGUGACUAGUUAGACCCACAGCCCUGUGUGUGACUAGUUAGACCCACAGCUCUGUGUGUGACUAGUUAGACCCACAGCUCUGUGUGUGUGACUAGUUAGACCCACAGCCCUGUGUGUGACUAGUUGACCCACAUCCCUGUGUGUGUGACUAGUUAGACCCACAGCUCUGUGUGUGUGACUAGUUAGACCCACAGCUCUGUGUGUGUGACUAGUUAGACCCACAGCUCUGUGUGUGUGACUAGUUAGACCCACAGCUCUGUGUGUGUGACUAGUUAGUUCAAUAUUAAUGUAUGGCUCUAAUCUUCUCUCCUAUAGACAGUGAUGGCUCUGUUGAAGUACUGGCCAAAGACCCACAGUCCAAAGGAGGUGAUGUUCCUCAAUGAGCUGGAGGAAAUCCUGGACGUCAUCGAACCCUCUGAGUUCGUCAAGGUCAUGGAGCCUCUCUUCAGACAGCUGGCCAAGUGUGUGUCCAGCCCUCACUUCCAGGUGUGUGUUUGCUCUGGUUGAACUCAAGCAGAGUGUGUGUGUGUGUGUGUGCGUGAGCGCGUUGCACAUAUGUGUAUGUAGUGCCUGUCCAUGCUUGUGUGUGUGGUUCUGUGCUAUGUUGAAACCUGACUAGGCAUCCCUGUCUCCUUAUGUGUGUGUCAGGUUGCAGAGAGAGCGCUGUACUACUGGAACAACGAGUACAUCAUGAGUCUGAUCAGUGACAACGCUGCCAGGAUCCUCCCUAUCAUGUUCCCCUCGCUCUACCUCAACUCCAAGACCCACUGGAACAAGUGAGCCACUCAACUACCUACUGCUAUGGAGCAGACUCUCUUCCCUCUCUGUUUACUGCCCUGUGAUAGGGAAGUUAACAACACGUUUGUUUUAUUGUUAUGCACUCCUGGGUCCAUAUGUAUCGUUAAUGUGUGUGUGUGUGUGCAGGACGAUCCAUGGUCUGAUAUACAAUGCCCUGAAGCUCUUCAUGGAGAUGAACCAGAAGCUGUUUGAUGACUGCACACAGCAGUUCAGAACAGAGAAGAACAAGUAAAACUCCUUUACCUCUAAACACACACACUGAAUAACAUAUUUGUCAUAACUGUUCAUUCAUUCGCAACGUCCACCCACAGUUUCAUUCUAUGUCUGUCUCCACUUAGCAGAUUUAAUCUUGAAAUGACUCUGAAAUGACUGUUCUGCUGUCGUCUGAUCUCUGUUCCGCUGUCGUUGUCUGAUCUCUGUUCCGCUGUCAUUGUGUGAUGACUGUUGAUCCACUGUUGUUGUGAUGUCUGUUCCCCUGUCACCCUAAACCUGGCGUUGUGUGUGUGUUUGUGCAGAGAGAAGGCCAAGUGGAAAGAGAGAGAAGAGGCGUGGGUGAAGAUUGAGAAUCUGGCCAAGUCCAACCCUCAGGUGAGCUCUAAGCAUCACUCCUCGUGUGUGUGUGUUACUCCAGCCCUGUUGUCUCUUGCGCUCUCAACCAUUUUACAUUUUAGUCAUUUAGCAGACACUCUUAUCCAGAGCAACUUACAGUAGUGAGUGCAUACAUUUUCGUACUGGUCCCCCGUGGGAAUCGAACCCACAACCCUGGAGUUGCAAGUGCCAUUCUCUACCAACUGAGCCACAAGGGAUCAACCCAGUAGUAUUGCCGCUAGUCCUCCACCACAGGACAGCCCAGGCAGCACCAAAUAGGUAGGUGUAUUCUAUGGCUGUUCUGUGUCUAUGGCUGUUCUGUGUCUAUGGCUCAGAGCCCAACAACAACCUCCCAGCAGAACCUGACACACAGCUAAGGCAGGAAAUCAUCUCUGACUCAUCAUCAUGGAUUUGACCAAAUUAUCUAAAAGGGUAUAUAAUUAUCUUUGGUUCUGGGAGUCCCUCACCUCUCUCUGGCUGGGUUUACUUCCUGGUGUGUCAUUAUAAUCCUCCCCCCUCUCUCUCUCUCUUGCUGUGUUUAGUUCCUGGUGUACGUGGACCCGUCAGACUUGGGUAGUCCUAUGGAGACAGACGGACCAAUGAUGGAGGAUGUUAACAUCUUGAAGAAGACUAUAGAGGAAGAAGCCACACAGGUACUGUGUGUUGUUGGUACAAGGGUGUGUAAUGUGUGUGUGUGUAUCUGUUGGCAGGCGGGCUAGCAUGCUAUUCCUCUGUCGUCCUCCAUGCUGUCAGUCAGUGCAUUGCAUCUAAGCUAACAUAUGGAAUUGCUUUAAGAUGGUCAUACCAAGGAUCAUUUAGCUAUUAGAUUUUUUAUUUUAAGGCCCCUGAAGGUAUAAAAAAAAUAUAUAUAAAAAAAUGAUUUGGCUUUACUGCUAUUAGCCAAUAGAAACGGAUUGAAUAGCAGAUUCAUUGGCACAACAGAUAGUAAAAGUUAGUUUUUUGCAUGUAUUUAUCACCUUAUUUUAGGCACUAAACUAUCUCCAUAUAUAUACUGACAUAAUUUUUCUUAACUGGUACCGGGGACAUUCUGAUGAGGCUUGUGGGCGAGAGUCUCAGCUGUCCACAGAUUGGUCAUAUUAGUGUGUAGCCCAAACCGUUCGGUCACUGCAGACAGAAGUUGGCAGAAGAGGCUGUACCGACUUCAGACGAGUCUUGUGAGGCUUGUGGGCUACCUAGAGCAAAACGGGAAAAUACAUAGUUUUUGUGAGUCAUCUUUCAAUAGUGGUCAUAAUACUUUGUAGGCCAAAGUGUUCAGACGUUUUUUGUGAAAAUAAAGAUUUUUGGGAUGUCUCAUGGUCUGACAAACACCGCUCUAGCUCUGCCACCUUUCACCGCAGAUGCGGAAGGGCGAUAUCGGCCGCUGCGGUAUUUUGAGACGCAGCCCAUGCAAAAAAACGUAUCUCUAGCUUAAACAGACGGGGGCGCAGAAAUUGUAGGCUAAGGGUUAAAAGACUGGUCGAGACAGACGUGUACGAACAGGAGCAGUGUAGCAUGGGUAGGAGUAGAAGUGUGUCACUCACAGCCCUCUCCUGACCCUGUCCCUCUCCUCUCACCUACUGCCCAGGCUGUGUCAUAAAUGAGCCCUAUGGGCCCUGGUCCAAAGUAGUGCACAACAUAGGGAAUAGGGUGCCAUUUGGGACGCAGCCUGGGCUGUAGAGGAGAGGGUCAGGGAUAGGGCUGUGAGUGAUGUACUUAUUAACAGGAUCAGAUGUCUAUAGGCAGGCUCACAUUUCUAAGGCAGGGGAGAGCUGACAGUAAUGAAUACUAGAGUGUAUACUUCAGUGUACACUCUACAGCAUAAUGUACAUUUCAUACCGGACUACUAAAUGGCUAGGACAUGAUGGAUUGGGCUUAGUUGGCUAUACAAUAUGAAGCACUUUGAGUUGUGAUCUAGUCAAGACGUGAUAGACCUAGUUAAACAUUUGUUUAGGGGGAUAAGCUCUCUGGAUGUGUAACUGUUCCCCCAUAUCUUGGAGCAGAGGAUGUGUGAUCAGUCUAAUGUCUCGAUAAGGCCAGGCAUCAUCUCUAGCGAUCAAACAACUGGAGGUCAUUCAUUAUCAAAGUUGGGAGCGGGAAACGAGGAUAUACCAUAGUGCCCACAAAGCUCAUCACUAAGCUAAGGACCCUGGUACUGAACACCUCCCUCUGCAACUGGAUCCUGGACUUCCUGACGGGCUGCCCCAAGGUGGUAAGGGUAGGCAACAACAAAUCUACCACGCUGAUCCUCAACACAGGAGUGCGUGCGUAGUCCCGUCCUGUACUCCUUGUUCACCCACGACUACGUGGCCAAGCACAACUCCAACACCAUCAUUAAGUUUGCUGACGACACAACGGUGGUAGGCGUGAUCACCGACAACGAUGAGACAUCCUAUAGGGAGGAGGUGGGAGACCUGGCAGUGUGGUGCCUGGAAAACAACCUCUCCCUCAACGUGAGCAAGACAAAGGAGCUGAUCGUUGGCUACAGGAAAAGGAGGGCUGAACACGCCCCCAUUCACAUCGAAGGGGCUGUAGUGGAGCGGGUCGAGAGUUUCAAGUUCCUUGGUGUCCACAUCACCAACAAACUAUAAUGGUCCAAACACACCAAGACAGUCGUGAAGAGGGCACGACAACACCUUUUCCCCCUCAGGAGACUGAAAAGAUUUGGCAUGGGUCCCCAGAUCCUCAAAGUUCUACAGCUGCACCAUCGAGAGCCUCCUGACCGGUUGCAUCACUACCUGGUAUGGCAACUGCUCGGCAUUCGACCGUAAGGCGCUACAGAGGGUAGUGUGUAUGGCCCAGUACAUCAUUGGGGCUAAGCUUCCUGCCAUCCAGGACCUAUAUACUAGGUGGUGUCAGAUGAAGGCCCAAAAUAUUGUCAACGACUCCAGUCACCCAAGUCAUAGACUGUUCUCUCUGCUACUGCACGGCAAACGGUACUGGUGCACCAAGUCUAGGUCCAAAAGGCUCCUUAACAGCCCUAAGACUGCUCAACAAUUAAUCAAAUGGCCACCGGGACUAUUAACUCGCUGUGUAUUAUCUAUGCAUAGUCACUUUACCCCUACCUACAUGUACAAAUUACCUCAACUAACCUGUACCCCUGCACAUUGAUUCGGUACCAGUACCCCCUGUAUAUAGCCUCGUUAUUGUUAUUUUAUUGUUACUUUAGUUUAUUUAGUAAAUAUGUUCUUAAUUAUAUUUCUUGAACUGCAUUGUUUUAUUAAGGGCUUGUAAGUAAGCCCUGUUGUAUUCGGCUUGUGACAAAUAAAAUUUGAUUUAGCUACUUAGCUGGGAUCCUUAAUGGUGAAACAGUUAUGUCCGUUUGGGAUAUUACAACAACAAAGAAGUUACUGCAAACAAAGAACCAGUAAUUGUUUUUCCUCUGACAUCACUGCAUGUGCAAUAGAACAGCAUAUUUUUUAGUUUUUGGUAUGACUGGAGCGUAACUGUUAUCCCUCUCCCCCCGAUAGCUCCAGAGGAACGAGCGUAAGGAGCGUCCGCUGGUCAGGAGGAAGUCUGAGCUGCCUCAGGACAUCUCCACCGUCAAGGCCCUGGAGACUCACCGGAGGGCUGAGGACAUGGUCACACCACACGAUGGACACUAGAGACCACACACACACACAGUACAGACACACACACACACACGCAGUACAGACAGUCAGACAUACACAGACACAUACUGACAGACCGACACCACAUACUGACAGACAGACCAGCCCCCAGAGGCCCAGCACAGACAAGGUCCAGACCAGAAUAGAACAAAACAGAAUGGCCUAGCUGAAAGAAGCUGCAGCUCAAACAACUCUGCCCAGUCCAACUAUGAAUUGAUCCCCAGUCCGAUCAAGCCCUGCCCAGAGAUGUCAAUGGCACAGGACAGUAUGGCACGACCACCAAACGUGACAUUGUUUCUCUCUCAAAAGCUUUCUAGAGUGCAGUGAUGUUCCCUUCUAGUCAUUUCUCUCAGGUCUUCUGUUCUUGUUUUAAUUUGUUGGUUUCUUUCUGUUAUUUUUCUCUCAUUCUAGAUGUUAUGUGCAAUAGGACUGGCAGACAGACAUGUAUUAUAGAUGCAUACUGUACGUAACAGGCGAAGGAAGAAGCAGUUUUGUCUUCUCUCUCAGCAUAGAGAGGAAUGCACAGUACUUCUCUCUCACCUGUUUAUUCUUAGUUGCCUAGUUACAGCUGCUAUUGCCAUAAGCUUCAUCUUUCUCUCUUUGUUUCUUGUGUUCUGCUAGGAUUGAUUUGAUAGGAGGUGAAGUAUUGGGGACCGUCAAAAGACGUUGUUGUAAUAAAGUUGUGUGGCUCUAAACGUGUUGGCCUGAGUGAAAGGGGGGUUCUUCUGUCCUCCACUGGACGUCAGCUGGUCUGUACAAACCUAGUUUGGUGCCAACCUCACUCUUGCUUUUUUUCUUUGCUUUUUUUAACUUAUCCACCCAUUUUUAGCUGUAUGAUAUUGUAGGCAAUAAGUUGUCCCAGGUUUCAGUGUGUGUGUGUGGUUGGUUCAAACAAUGGUUAAUGGUUUUCUAAGACUGAGGGCACAGCACAUCAAUGGUUUUCUGGAUCCAUUGGAGUUUACUGUCCAUGUGAACACGUCAAUCCCCAUUCCCUGUCAGUCUGUUUUUGUCUUUGUUCAUAAUCAGUAUCGAUCAAUAUAUCGAAGUCCUGUCAUGUUAGUGUUGUGAAAAUUCUGAGGUCUAUGUUCUAGUUCAGUGUUUACAGACUCCUGUUGAGCUUUAGUGUGUGAGUGGGAGGAGACGAGAGGAGCUGUACUGGGCUACACACAGAGGAAUACUACUCUUCAUAACCAAGACCCCUCUCUUUCUGAUGUUGCUUUUAAGUAGUAGCCUAGUUCAGUCAUAUAAAGACCAUUCUGUCUGUAGUCAGUCAAAAUUGAACACAAGCCUUUCCUUUCAUAGUGCCUUUAUUGUACAAGCUUCUAAACUGAGAAUAGAAUAGCAGCGUUAUGUGAAUGCCAAACCAUGUUCAAUUUAGCAUUAGCUUCCCAACAGACCAGAAAGAGGCACGUAGACACACACCCAGAGUAUUCAGUAUGUAUUUAGGGCCGUGUCGAGUGUAAAACGCAUACCAGCUGUUUUGUUAAAUCUACAAAGCAGAUCAAUGAUUGUUGUCAAGCUAGAGAGGAGUGGAGAAGCCCCAAAGACUUAACAUAGAAGCACUUCCUGAUAAAACUUGAAUAAAAACACAAGAUCCAAAAUGAGUUGAAAUCAUUUGUGCUGUCUGGUCUGUUUUAGUUCUAAUGAAAAACGUGUAGAGAAGGAUGCUCCCCAUUCAACCUGAUCUUAUUCCCCCUGUUCCAUUUAGGAUGUGUCCCAAAUGGCAUCUUAUUCCCCUAGAGCCCUAUGGACCGUGGUCAAAAGAAGUGCACUAUAUAGGAAAUAGUGUGCCAUUUGAGACACAACAAGAGUAUUGAUGUGACGUGUAUGUGAUACAACACCAUUGUUUGAGCCCCCAGACAUACAUGCACUCUGGCUGUAUCCCUGUAGAGAAGCUCUCUGUGUGUGUGUGUGUGUGCACGCGACACUGCUUCUGGAUGUGUGCAGGGUCUUUUCCAUUGCCUGCAAAAACUCUGAUGUUCAGAUUGAAUGUGCAAGUUGUAAAUAUGCUACUAUUACUACCAUGAUCACAUUGUUUUGCUGUCUCUUUCUAGAUUAUUUUCUUUGUCUUAAAGAAUAACAUUCACCAUUCAUUUAUCCCCCCCCCCCCCCCCCCCCAAACUAUUUUGUUGUAAAAUUACUAAAAGUAAGAAUAGAGUGCUUUAUAGAUGGCACAAACAAAACUGGAUUGCAGCAGGGUUGGGUCAAUUUAGGAAGUAAUCUGAAAUACCAAUUUUCCUCAUUGCUUCUCAGAGGAGUAUUGGAAUUUCAGUUGACUGAAUGUAAAUGGAUACCUGGCUGUUCCCAGUGUCCUGAGAGCAGAGAGGACUCUGUUGGUGAUUGUUGUUCUUCAUCAAAUUGCUUUAAUAUUUUAGCUUCUUUGGCGCCCUCUUCAUUUUACAUAUGGUUUUGUUUUCUUUGAAAAGAAUGAUUCUGAAAGUGUCUUUUGGUAUACACCCUGUAUUAUAAUUGCCUCAUCUAAUAUUGUACAUAUAAUGUACUUUUAUUUUAUGUUAUAGCUAUUACAUGGUAGAUGUCAUAUUUUGUACAGAAUGCCCCCUGUGUACAGGAACAGGUUAUUAGCUAUGACAGUUGGGAUGUGGCACAGACUUCAACGCAAAACAUGACCUAUAUGCAUUUAGAACCGUUUAGAAUUUGGAUUCUACAAUUUUUUAUCGAUUUGUAAUUCAACAUUUUGUUUGUUUCAGCAUUUAAAAGUAUGUGAUGAGAUCCUACAUACAUUAGCAUUGUGUGUGUGUGCUUUUAUCCAAAAUCUCCAGUGGUGUACAUCUAUCUAGCUGAAUAUGGUAAAUAAAGAGAACAUGUGAGUUUUUAUAUUUUCAUCCUAGAACAGGGAUAGAGUGCUUUCAUGAUUUGCCUCAUUCCUCCUUGCCUACCCUUGGAAGCCCGUGUGAAGAGAUUUGGAAGGAUGGCCACGUGAGACUACUCCUUGAUGAACUGUGUCCCCCUAUCCCUCUUAUUUAGUUCUGUAUCCAUGGUCACAGAUCACUUAUCAAGGUUUCAGACUCCUCUCCAUCACAGUCUGGAGAUUGCCUUUAUGACUAGCCUACUAUAUCUCCACAUAAUAACACAUCACCCCUGAGAGAAUAUUAACAUUUAGCAGAAGCUUGUUUUUUAAUAUGUUUUACAGUAAAAGGCAUAAACUGACUUAUACCCGAAAACGUUUUUAUAGAGGUACUGACUAACGCAGAGUAAACUAUAAAAAAUAAAGUUGUGAACACUAAUUAUGCUCCCAAACAUUUAAUAGUUAUUUCCUUUGAUACUUUAUGCAAACGAUACCGAUUGCAUUAACGGCAGAGCUGUUUUAUUGACUGUUCCAAUAUCUAGCGUACAAUUUAGAAAUAACCUAUUAACAUGAUGUAGGUAAAGUCUGCAGGUAUAAUGCAUAAUAUUUUGUGGAUAAAAAUGGGGUUUAGGUGGUGGGUGUGGUCAAUGGUGCAGUCGCUGACCUAAAAAUGUAGUGGCUCCUGUUGGCCACAGUGACCAAAUUAGCUGUUUUAAAGCUAAUUUCUUGCAAUUCAACACAUUUUGCCAUGUAGCGGAAAUAAAAUGUUGCAGUUUUAAAGCACAUUUUUUCCUUCAAUUCUACGCAUUUGGCCAUUGCUUAUGCUAUCUGAGUGACUCAAACAUAAAAUUAAUGGGUGCCACAUGCCAUGACACAAAUACUCCUGAAUAACUAGGUUUCCAUCCAGUUGGCAACAGAUUUUAAUGUUAAUAUUCUAAAAUAUACAUAAAAACAAUAUGCACAUUUUCCCACCAGAGAGGUUUCCAUCAUGUUGCAGAUAAAAGGCUGUGCGUGGUGACGUAGUGCACAUGAAAAUACCUUUUUGCGGUUAAAUUCCCAUGUACCGAAUAAAAAAUAAAAGUUUAAUGGGUUUAUUAUGAGAUUAUUAUGGACAAAAGAGCAAGAUUAUUAUUAUUAAACGGCAGCCAAUCCUCGAUCAUGUCACCGUAAUAAGACCCUCGAUAUUUAUUGGAAAGGAGCAUCGAGCUCAUCACCUUGCACUUUCACGACCCGGUGAAGUUCAUAACUUAUUUAAUGUGUAACCUAAUAAACUGCAUGCUUUCCUGACGAGUCGUAGUGGGAGGACCACAUAACCUGUCAUCGCGUGACUCCAAGUUUACUUCGAUAUGAUGGUUAUUAUAUCAUAUUUGAGCAUAAGAGCGUUUCCGCUGACAUUUUUCGCAUAAUUAAUUUUACCGACACAAAAAGAUUCCAACUUGUCUACCGUAUUUUGUUUUGUCGACAUUUGGAAAGUUUACCGGAAAAUGUUCUGUUUCCACCAGGCCUAUCAUGUCAUUUUUUUUAUCCGACGUAUUUUUGCCAGCAGCAUAUCACCCUGCAUCCCACUGCUGGUUUACCUCUGAAGCUAAGCAGUGUCGGUUGUGUUCGGUCCCUGGAUGGGAGACCAGAUGCUGCUGGAAGUGGUGCUGGACGGCCAGUAGGAGGCACUCUUUCUGGUCUAAAAAAAAUAUCCCAAUGCUGCAGGGCUGUGAUUGGGAACAUUGCCCUGUGUAGGGGAUGUUAAAUGGUUGUCCUGACUCUGUGGUCAUCUAAAGAUCCCAUGCCACUUAUUGUUAGAGUAGGGGUGUUAACCCUGGUAUCCUGGCUAAACUCCCAAUCUGGCCCUCAUACCAUCAUGGCCACCUAAUCAUCCCCAGCUUCCAAUUGGCUAAUUCAUCUCCUGUGUAACUAUUCCCCAGGUUGUUGCUGUAAAUGAGAAUGUGGUCUCAGUCAACUUAACCUGGUAAAAAAAAGUACUCUCAUAAAAAUGUUUGAUGCCUAACUUUUAGAUUCUCCCUGACUGUCUAGCUUUUCUACAUACUUUAUAUCUGAUUUUAGUUGUUUAAGUUUACACUGAAAACAUUUUUUCAUCCCGAAAAUUAUUUUCUACUAAUAAUAAAUACAAUAAUUUAAUAGUUUGACAGGCUUCCCGGCAAAAAACUUUGGUGGCAUGCCCAAUACUUUUCUAUGCAGAACAAACCCUGAUGCAGUUAUAAUGUAUUAUGAUGCAGUCAUAAUGCAUUGUAUGACUUUAUUAGCAUGUAUGACCCCCUUAUGUUUUGUCUCAUUGUCAUGAGUAUAUUGGAACGUAGACAACGUAGUCGCCUGUCUUUAAAAAAAAUAAAAAUAUUACACCACCUACGAUGUCCAAAAGGAAGGAAGCAACAAGUUUUUUCCAAGCAUUGAAACCGGGCCCCAGGAUCAAGCUCCCAGACUAGAGCAUCCUAUUGUAACCCUCUGCUACCGUCUUGUGGUUUAAAAUGGUCACUUCUUUAUUCACACAGCACCAGAAAUCAAAUACAAGUAACAAGGAAUCUUUAGAUCAUAGUGAACCAGUGACAAUCUGAAGAGAUUUGCUACUCUGGCAUUUGAAGUACUAGACAAGAGGCCAGUUGCAUAAAACUGAUUGGAGCUGUCGGGGGUCUUGUUAUUGCUUUGAAAUACUAUUCAAAAUUUUGUUAGCCUGUUGCAUAAAUGGGAUGACCUACUGACAGACGAGGACCUAGGCAAAGUCUGGGGACUUAGUUUACACAUUUGAACCAGACCAGGGUCAAAUUCAUAUGUCAAAUACUCCAAUGUUGAGAUUAGUCCAGAUUAAAGUCUGUUCACUGACACAUUGGGGAAGACUUCUCUUGCAGGUUAGUUACAGCAUAUUGUUAAUAAUAAUUUGGUGGGUGCUUAUAUUUGUUAUAUUUCACACAUGUACAAGUGUGUAUUAUACGCAUAUGUGAAUUGGAAAUGUUUUGCAUAUCCCAACUCCCCCUGAGACACCCUUGGAGAGUGGAGCCACAGCCAGGGUCAGUCAUAAUACCCACCAGAGGAUGAAAUUGUCUUGAAAAAUGUUGACAGCAAUCAGGACAAAAUAUGUACCCUGACAUCUGCUUUAGGGAGCGGUAAAUCGGUGGCCAAUGAUGGUUGCAAUUGAGCAAUCAGCUAUGUGGGUGAUUUUAGCAUGUAUUGAUGGUUUAGCGACAGAUUACCUUGUGUUCGAACUUCGAAUGCUGGCCAUUGCUCGUUACAAUAGGCCAGCGUUGUCUACAAGCUUGAUCGGAUUGAAUUCCGGCCUAUUUUAUGUUGGGUUAUGUUAUGUUAUAUAUAGUAUAUUAGAUAUGAUGUGAUCCAACAGAAGACAUUAAGAGGAAACUCUAAUCAAAUAUGAAACUUAAUUUUGCAGGAAGGCCUUGUGCAGGCCCUAUCUAUUUUGAAACUCACCUCACAGGCUACGUCCCAAUGUCCAUAGCAUACCAAGUCUUAAUGUAUGCCCAAUACAUGACCUCUUAAAUGGUGUUCUAGUGCAUUGUCUUACAUCAGAUUCCGCCUGCACUGAGGGACGAGCCUCAUGCAUGAGUGACGCCACCUGACAAUGAUUCCAGUGUGGAUAUUGGACCAGAGCCUCACAGUACCAAGAGGCCAAACCUCUAACCUUAUUAGUUGUUAUCCACCAAUAUAAGCUUCCAGGGCUGCGUCCCAAUUGGCAACCUAUUCCCUAUUUAGUGCACUAUCUUUGACCAGGGUCCAUAGGGCUCUGGGCAAAAGGGGUGCACUGUAUAGUGAAUGCGGUGCCAUUUGGAACGCACAGCUAGAUGAGGUAAGUGUAUUUCUGGGCUGUGCUGUCUAGCUGGUGGUGUAGUGGGCCAAUUGGCCACACAGUGCCAGCCCCUGACUGUUAAUUGGUUGUUCCGGGGUCAUGCAGUUCUCCAGCGACUUAGAGAGCAGAUGGGGCUGACUGUCGCAUGGCGGCCGCCCCUCCUAGGCACCCCUGCUGAGCCCUGCUCUGCUCUGGUCCCACACCAUCCAUCCAUCCAACACACGGACCGACACGCUCAGCCGCUCAGGGAAUCAUGUCUAUAAUGAAUAUGCUCAAUCAACGCCAUGAUCCUUAUCAGGAUAAUAACAAUGAUUAUUGUGAUGAUGAUGGUGAUGAUGGUGGAUAUGGUUAUGAUGAUGAUACAUACAGUAAUUCUUCAUUUCGUUGUCUGGUGGUAACCUAGUCAGAAUAUACUUCCAUAUUGUGUCGUAAUAGACAGUGUGGAUCACUCCCAGUUAGAACAACAUUAGCCACAGGCUAACCUCAGUCUGUGCCAUAAUCAUUCCUUUAUGUAAGUGAAAAGAGUGUCCGCAUUUGACCCUUUGGAGGUGUUUAUUAAAAACAAACAAUUAGCUUUAUCAUCGACACAUUGCUUGCCAUUUAUCCCAAAACAAAUGUUCUCUUUGAGGAAUCUGAGACGUGGGAAAAUAUGUCAACGGCUGGUUGUCUAAAUGAGUAUUUUUCUCUGUCUCUCUCUCUCUCUCUCUGGCUCCCUCUUUCUCUCUGGCUUCCUCUUUCUCUCUCUCUCCCUGUAGUUACCCUCCCUCAUUCCUCUCUCGCUCUUUCUAUCUUUCUCUCUGUCUCUCAGAUGAGGUCGUUGAGUUCGUUGAAUGUUUUCGCCUUGCUUUGUGUAGGCUACCAGAGAGUUUCAGAGAGGAUAUACUAGCUGUGUGCAUGUUGUCCUGUAUACCCCCUCUAUCUCCAGUGUUAAAUAUUGCUACUGCGGCGCUACCCCAGGUCUCUGUAUCCAAAAACAUCUUAUCACGACAGGAUGGUGUCAGCUACUAUUGCCAUGGAAACACGGCUUAGAACUUUUAAGGGACCCCAUUGUGAUUGUGUCCAAUCAUAUUUUAGGAAAAGCAUUCGACAAUGAGCAUUACUUUCGUAGCAAUGUCUGUGUUCCUCCCCGCCUCUCUAUGACUCAGCACCCCUCUCCAGCAGCUUGUGGAUGAAUGGGAGAUGGAGGGAAGACUGAGGGGGCCAGCUACCCAGGAAAGAGCUACUGAGGACCAGGAAGCUGACUCACACUGCUCUGGGGGUCUGGAGCAGCAUGGAUGUGACUCCCUCUCUUUUAAUUUUCAAAGUCUAUCUCUGUCUUUGUCUCUCUCUUUUCAUGUAUCUGUCUCUAUCCAUCUCUCUCUUGCACAAACAUUCUCUCCCUACCUCUAUCCUUCCCGCCUCUACCUCGUAGAGCUAGAACUCAGUAUAGAAGCAGCGAGUGACUCCAUCAUAAAGAGAUGAGGCCCUCAGCUGUGCUGCUUCGUAGAGAGGGAUACGUUUGUUUUCCCUGACCUAUUUUCUUUCUGUUCCCUUUGUCAUGGGACCAUGCGACUCACUCACCACCAAAACAGCUCUCUCUGUGGUCAGCAGACUGACUGGAGUGGUGAGGCAGCAGGCAGGGCCAGGGAGGGUGAGAGACAGGCAGACAGAUGGGAGGAGAGGGGGAGGAAGAGAGACGGAUGGAGAAAGAGUGAGAAGGAGAGAAAGUGGGAGAGUGAGAAAAAGAGAGCGAGGGAGAGGUAUGCAGUUAUGACACUGAAAGGGGCGUGAAUCGAUCUACCCAGAGAGGGAGAGAAAAACAGGGAGAAGGAUGGUGAAAAAAAAGGUAGAGCAAAAUAAAAAUAUAAAGAGAGGGGAAAGAGCGAGUGCGCGAAUGAGUGGCUUUAAGCGACAUACCUAGUUUAGGAUACUCUACUUCACCCUGUGCUGCUCUCCUACUUUAAUAAUUAACCACAUUUGUCAGAGAACAUAAAAGUUAGCCAGAAAAGAAAGGAAAUAAUAUAAUAAGUCUUUAAUGGUGCAGGAGAAAGGGCCUUCACUCAGAUCAGGGGUUAUGUAGGCUCCACUCUUCAUUAAAACACACAUCAAGUUAAAUUGACCCUGAAGAGGGUAGAGAGGGAUGCAGAAAUAAACAGAGGGAGGGGGAAAGAGAUAGAAAGAAGAUAAACAAACAAACAAACAAACAAAUAAUGAGAGAGGUAAAGAGAGAGAUGGUGAUAGAACGACAGACAUGGACACAAUCAGAACAAAAGAGAAAGGGAGAGUGCCCAGCAUUGACUUAAUAUGAGACAAGAACCUUGAGACUGGCUGGCUGUUUUUACCCUGUCUGCUUUUGGUCCAGCCUAGAACCAUAACACAAGAUGUCUGCUGAAGCUACAGGAGUCCGUCACACUUUACCAAAGCUUCUUUGUCUCCAUAUUGAAUAAAAUAGGCUGUAAAUUCAGAAACAGGCUUCAAAUGGUUAUUCAGACUCGGAAAUCAGUAGCCUACCUUAUUUCAAUUAACUAUGCCUUUAACAAAUAAAUGCAUUAACCAGUAACAAACAUUUCUGUCAGCUACUGUAUGCAUUUAGCAUCUUAAAGAGGUUGUAGUUACUGCUAACAGGUUUUUACCAGAUGAAGAUAUAGGGCUGAUGUUGGUGAUGUUUUGUUCUGUCCUGAAGGGAGGGCUAAAUAGCUACUAAUCGGCCAUGAAGGAAGUUGUUGUGAAGGCCACACAGGGAAAGGACAAUGGAUGGAAAGUUGGCACAGUUAAUUGGUUUGUGAAUCUGCCUUUAGGUGUUCGGAUGGUACUCUAUGAACUCGGUUUAAACUCAGAGUUCACCCUAGACAAAAAGAAAGCUGCCUGCGAUAGGCUAGACUUACAAUUCUCACCUUGUCUUUUCCCUUCAGAAAGAGAGUGCCACUUGGCCCUGAAAAUAAAAACGACGGCUCAGCUGUGUUCUAGUCUAGUUCUUGAAAAUAGAAUGGAUAAUUUACUCCUAAUUUCCUUGGAAAUGUUCACUGGGAAAUGUUUAUUGAUCAGAGCUGACUGGGUUAAUGAAUGUCGUGGCAUCUUGGCUCCCUAAUUUUGUUAGCUCCCUAACUAUCCAAGAAAGGAAGAGAGAUACAUUCCUGUAGUAUUACAACAGGCUCAUUGUCUGUAACUGCUCUGUGACUUUGUACAUUGUAAUUACAAAGUAAUAGGGCAUCAUUUUGACAAAGUACCGUUUUUAGUGACCACCACUGGGCAAAAACUGGUUGAAUCAGCAUUGUGUCCACGUCAUUUCAACCCCAAAAAUAAAUGUGUUGACGAUGAAUCAACGAGGAAAACUGAUCGGAUUUGCAAAAAGUCAUCAACCUAAGGGUAUUCCGUCUUUUUUCCCCCAAACCUAAAUCCAAUGACAUGGUGAAAUGUUUUGUUGAUUUCACGUUGAAUUCACAUUAGUUGACAACUCAACCAAAUGUAAAUCAAAACUAGAUGUUGAACUGAUGUCUGUGCCCAGUGGGUAUGCUGUUGUUAAUUAGAACCCUCUUACUUCUUAAUAGGAGAAGAUGCAACUUCCAGGAACUCUGCUAUCUUGAUUGGCUCUCCUGUGUCUUCCAGGAGCAGAGAGCACUUCUGUGAUUGAUGGGUAUUUUCUGGCUGAACUCUUUCCCAGGAACCAUCUUAAAGAUUGA